AACAGACAGCACCAUCACCGCGUUUUAUUUCGCGCCCUCAUUCAGUACCUGGCAGCCGGUUGCGCUUUGCAAUAAUAUGUUGUGGUUUAAAAAAAAUCCAUUUGAGAAUGGUGAGAGAUCGUUUCAAUGAAAUGUUGGAGAAGAGCACCUUCAAGGAUUUCGAGUACAAAUUUGUCCAGGAGCAUGAAUUUCUUACGCUGCACAAUCAGGAGAUUCUACUGGAGGAUCUGGAUCGGUUUUCAGAGAUCUUCCACCGGAUUCGUGACCUGCAACGAAACGUGCUGGACAUUGAGGUGACCAUUUUUGCCGAAGACUACGCGAGAGUUGAACACAAGCUGAAGAGAAACGCGAACUUGUGCUACACCGUUUAUACCGCCGUGAAGCAACUGCAGACUGAGCUGGACAAACCGGAUGUUGGUGAGGGGGAUGAUUUAGUUAGCCGCGCUCGUAGUGUUCAGUUAGAUUGUCUAAAAACAAUCUACAUCAAAGCCUAUUGGAGAUACUGGGGAGUAAUUCGGCGGUACGAAGAAAAACUCACGCGAUUCAAAUCGGUUUCAUCUCUCGUUGAGGAUGAAGAUCCAUCUGAGCGCGGACCCUCCGAAACACUACUGGAAGAGAUUCAACUCCACCAAUUUCCGCCAGGAGACUGUCACACGACACAACCACAGACUGUGGAGGAAGCCCUCCAUACCCUCGCUUCCUUGGAGGGCCGUCACCAGGAGCUGUUGGCGCUGGAACGAUCAUUGGUUGAGAUGCGCGAUCUGUUUGUGCUGUUCUCCACCUUGAUAAUGGAUCACGGAAGUAUACUGCAGCUAGCGGAAGGUAAUGUUGAGAUAGCAUCUGCGCAUGUUGCUAAUGCGGUUCAAAGAUUGCAAGCAGCUCGACGCUGUCAGUGGCGGGUGGCCAAGCGAAAGUUCUUUUGUUGCUAUCAGAUGGGCAUGAUGCUGUUUGUGCUAGCUGUACUUGUGAUUAUUCUGGUAGUUCUAUUGGUCGAACAGUUUGUGUUCUGAGCGGAAACUCCUCGCUUAUUUCAUAAUGUACAGGCAGAUCAGAUAAAGGUGAUGGAGAUACAUGAUUGUCACACGAACUGCCACAGGGACGGUUCUGCUCUGCGAGAUUCACUUUAUUCUGAAAGUAGUCCUUUGUUUGUUCCUAUUCCUUCCCCGAGUCGAUAACAGAACAGAACUCGAUUGCAAACAUCAUCUAUAAACAAACUAUAGUCACGCCGUUCGCCUUCGGAACUACAGAAUGCAGAAUAAAGACAAAUGUGUAGAAAUAGCUUCAAUUCGAAGAUGUUUGACUUACGUUCAAUUUUGUGAAGAUAUUUCAUAGUAUGUUCAGACUAUUUUUUGCGUAAAUACACCAUUGAAAAUAUAAAAAAAAGUUUUAAAAUCGAGUCUAUCCAAGGUGCCAAUUUUUCAGUGUUUUCUCAGUGUACAUUAAUUACUUGUUGUCUACUCAACCAAUGGACUAUUACAGGGUGGUUUUAGAGACGUUAAUUUUAAAUUGAAAUAAAAUCCAGAUUAACUGUGUCAAUUGCCAUGAAUUGAUUAAUUGAUUAAUAGUCGCGAAUGUUUUCUAAAGAGUGUGUCACAUCA